CACUCUCUCCCCCCCUUUAUUGGUUAGCAUUGUGGGUAACUUCAAUAUGGCGGCACCCAUAUUGAAGUGGAAGCGAGUUACCAAUACGGCGGGGCCAUGUCCCAGGCCACGACAUGGACAUCGAGCUGUGGCGAUCAAAGAUCUUAUGGUUGUAUUUGGUGGUGGCAACGAAGGAAUUGUGGACGAACUCCACGUCUACAAUACAGCAACAAAUCAGUGGUUUGUACCAGCUGUUCGGGGAGACAUCCCACCUGGCUGUGCAGCUUACGGCUUUGUCUGUGAUGCUACUCGCAUACUUGUGUUUGGUGGAAUGGUUGAGUAUGGUAAAUAUUCUAAUGAACUGUAUGAACUGCAAGCAAGUAGGUGGGAAUGGAAGCGUUUAAAACCAAAGCCUCCAAAAAAUGGCCAACCACCUUGUCCCAGACUUGGGCACAGCUUUACCCUGUUGGGGAGUAAAGCAUAUUUGUUUGGAGGUCUGGCUAAUGACAGUGAGGACCCCAAAAAUAAUAUUCCUAGGUAUCUCAAUGACUUGUACUCACUGGAGUUGAAACAAAAUUCUAACACGAUUGCUUGGGACAUUCCUCAAGCUGGCGGCCAGCCACCGCCUCCUCGAGAAUCACAUUCUUGUGCAGCUUAUUCAGAGAAAGACGGUCGUCGACCAAGGUUAAUAAUAUAUGGAGGUAUGAGUGGUUGUCGCUUGGGAGACCUCUGGCAGCUUGAUUGUGAAACAAUGACUUGGACCAAACCAGUUGUUCAAGGAAUAUCUCCGUUACCUCGCAGUCUGCAUUCUGCAACUGUAAUUGGAAACCGUAUGUUUGUAUUUGGAGGUUGGGUACCACUGGUUAUGGAUGAUAUUAAAGUUGCUACACAUGAAAAAGAGUGGAAAUGUACAAACACUCUAGCUUCCCUAAAUCUAGAUACAAUGACUUGGGAACCCCUUGCCAUGGAAGUCUUUGAAGAUGCUUUACCUCGAGCUCGAGCAGGUCAUUGUGCCGUUGCUGUGCACUCACGACUUUACAUCUGGAGUGGUCGAGAUGGUUACCGAAAGGCUUGGAACAAUCAGGUAUGCUUCAAGGACCUUUGGUUCCUAGAAACGGAAAAGCCUCCUGCACCAUCUCGUGUGCAGCUGGUUCGUGCCAGUACAAAUACACUCGAAGUUUGUUGGGGUGCUGUACCAACUGCCGAUGCCUAUCUUCUCCAGUUACAGAAAUAUGACUUACCUCCUGCCCAGACAAUUACUCCAGCUGCAGUUCCUCUCAGUAACACUUUAUCAAAGACCUCAACUGCUACCACUCAAUCCCAGCCGACCUAUCCGUGCACCUUCAACUGUAAAUGCUGCAAUCAGACAAAAACUCCUGUAAGUAUCAAUGCGGGUUCGAGUGCAAUUCGUGUUGUGUCUGCCUCAUCUCCUCAGAUACUGACUCUCGGCCAAAAGGGAAUUACUACUACUGCUGGAGGUCAAAUGACCGGUAUAGCUGCCCUAGCAGCUGCUGCUGCAGCCACCCAGAAGAUUCCUGGUACAACUAGUACAACCACUACUCCUGUCUCUGGUAUUAAAGUUGUUACUCCAUCUAUUGUGACCUCUGGAAUGAAAAUGGCUAAUGUCCAAGGAAAACAGAUCGCUGGGCAACUCAUCCCUGGCACCCAAACAGUGCGAGUAGCUACUCCUGGUGCUACAGUAUUAAAAGCCGGAGCUGGCAUUGGUGCUGGUACAAAACAAAUAAUAACAGUCCAUAAAACCGGAACAGCAUCGAGUCAACCCCAGAUUGUGACACUUGUAAAGACCACGCAAGGAAUGACUGUUGCUACAACAAAAACUCCAUUACCUCAAGGAGCCACUAUUGUAAAACUAGUGACCACUCAAGCUGGAAGUGGUAAACCAACGACUAUAAUAACAAGCAGCAAUCCUGGCGCUACUCCAUCUACAAUCCUUGGCAUUAGCAGUGUCCAACCACAGACUUCAACAUCAAAAUCUGUCAACACUAUCAUCAAGACCAUACCAACAUCUCUGAUAUCGAUGGCUAAAUCUGGUGGAGCCUUAACCAGUACAACUCCGGGCACAAAGACAAUUGUUAUUGCUGCUCCUAAAGGCCAAGCUGGUAGUUUUGGUACCCCAACUAAGAUUAUCACUUCUGUGCCCAAGUUGAGUGGUGGAGGAAACACUCAGUUCAUUGUAGUUAGCCCUCAGCCUGGCAGCGGGGCCGGAGGAGUUGUAGGAAGUAAACCAAUCACUUUGACAGCAUCUCAGUUAGCAUCUUCGCUUGCUUCUGGAGGAUCAACUGCCCAGAUUGUAUCAGCAGGAGGAACAUCAGCUUCAAAGCCUGUCGUAACUAUUCUUACCACUUCAGCUCAGUCCAUGGCAACAUCCACUCUUGGUAAUGUAAUGACAGCUGCCACCAGUAAAGCAGGUACAUCUAUCCUUCCAACAGUCUCAAAUCCUACACCAACCAUCUCCAUAGUAGCUCAACCAGCUCCAAAUCCAACGGCUCAGUUGCCAGCAACCACAAGUGUACAACUUUCUGUGACUCCAUCGGUCAAGGCCCUCACCUCCCUCACUGGCAGUACUACACAGUCUUCUGCUACUCCAGUCCGCAUCUCCAUUCUUCCUUCUCCUCAAAAUGCUUCGUCGUUGGUUAAUCCCAGUUCGGCAGUGACCCAGGUAGUUAGUGUCACACCUACAACACCAGUGACAUCAGCUAAAGUUACUGUACCACCGUCUCCUAGUCCUGUUGAAAAGCUAAACGUUUCCACUACCACUACAACAGCUGUGAGCACAAGUGCAAUCACAAAAGCCCAUUGUCGACCAGUGACCGCUGGUGUGCAGAGUACCCAGACUGGAACUACUGGUAGCAUAAUAACAGUCUUACCAAGUGCUGCUAUCACCUCGGCAAAUGACCAAACUACAAAGAUAACUAUUCCUACAGUUUCUACCACAUCGGCCAUCACCAUGGACAGUACAACGUUUAAAACUGUGAAAGUAACCGAGCGCGUGGUAGCAGGUCUUCCUGUGACGACCACUACGGCUACCACUGACCCCACCUUAACUAAAAUUAUGUUUGAAGUAACUAAAGCAAAUUCUCCUAAGGAGGCCGCUAGUGUGAAGAGUGAAUCUCAAAAUGAAUCGGCUUCAGUGAAGAAGGAGUCUGUGGAAGGUGAAGGUGCUGUGAAAGGUGUCGAGACAAAACCUGACAUUCAAACUGCUGGCAGUGGUACCAAGCUGAAAACAGAAGCAGACAUCAAAGAUGGGAACCAGGUUAAAAAUAAAGUUAUGGAUGAUUUAGUGAAGCUGGAAAAAGAAGCUGGUACUGGUGAACCAAUGGAUACAUCAGCAGCCCCAAACAGUUCUGUGAAUGGAGACUUAGUGAAGGCAGCAGCUGGUGCAGCUAGUGUUAGAAUGACAGUUGCACCUGCAACAACUGCAGUGUCACAUUCCUCCACAUCUGACCCAGCAGAUCCAUUAGCAACCCUUGCUACAGCUGCUGUAACGACUGCUGCAAGUGCUGCAGCAGCAUCAGCCACCACAAUAGUGAAGCAAGAGACAAGUUCUGCUGCUCCAAUACCUGCAACCGGUCCACAGCCUCUACCUACAUCCACAACACCAGUGGCAGUUGUAACACCAGUAGCAGCAACAGCUACUACCAAUGGACUGCCAAAUUCUGCCGAUGCCACAGAUUCAAAACAAGGUAUAAAAUCUGAGUCAGCUGUGAAGCCUGCUGGAGUGGUUGUAAAAAAAGAAGCUAACCAAUGGUAUGAUGUUGGAAUCAUCAAAGGAACAACAUGUCUUGUCUCUCAUUGUCACCUACCAUCAGAAUCUAACCAGGGCAAUGGAGAUGAUAUCGAUGUUGUUAGUAUACCUGACCACAGUGUAUUAAAGCGACAAGAGCUGUUGCCUGGUACUGCUUAUAAAUUCCGUGUUGCUGGAAUAAAUGCUUGUGGACGAGGUCCUUUCAGUGAAGUAUCUGCUUUCAAAACUUGUCUACCUGGAUUCCCUGGAGCACCAUCGGCUAUUAAAAUAAGUAAGAGUUCCGAAGGUGCCCAUCUGUCCUGGGAACCACCACAGAACACAGCUGGCAAAAUUACUGAAUAUUCUGUGUAUCUUGCUGUGAGAAAUGCGGCAGCUACCCAAGUUGACCAGAAACCUGGAUCACCAGCUCAGCUGGCCUUUGUUCGAGUCUAUUGUGGUCCAAGUCCCUCAUGUGUUGUUACCACAGCCAGCCUGGCUUCUGCUCAUAUUGACUACACUACCAAACCUGCCAUUAUAUUCCGAAUUGCUGCCAGAAAUGAGAAAGGUUAUGGUCCAGCUACCCAGGUCAGGUGGCUACAAGAUGCUGGUCAAAGUCCUGGUGCUGCUGCUGCUGCUGCCGCUGCUGCCAACAAAGUGACAAUAAAACGACCUCUAGCAGCUGGAGACAUUAAAGCUGCAUCCCCUCCGAAUGUGAAGAAACUGAAAAAUGAAGAUGAACAUGAUAAGCUGUAAACUCAGCCUCUGCCUGAUUAGCAGCUUUUUUACUUAUCAGAAGAAAUCUGGUCCUGGAAUGUUGAUCCAAAAACUAUUGGACAGGACUGUCUGCUACAAGACUCUACAUCUGUAGCUCAAACCAAUCCAUAAUUACAACUACAGACAAAAAAAAAAACAAAAAAAAGCAGAUCCUCUUCCAGCAGCCCUCUUCCUCUUCUGCAAUCUCUUCGUCAUCUGUAUUAU